CAAGUUCCACAUGAUCUAUUAUCGUCUCGAUCGAUGGCUCGUCCUCCCUCUCAAACCAGAAUUCGAUUCUCUCGAUCUCGGUUACAGAUCCGAUCCACAACCUGAAGUCAGAACAGCCACACCAGUUUCUUUUUCACUUCUCCGCCAAUUUUCCUCAGUGUAUUCAAGCUGAUUCAGAACACAGAUUUCAAACCUUAUUUAGUAUAUAGCUUGAAAUUAAGUCUGCUGCUGUAAAUGGAGAUACCAUCAAGUGAAAUUCCAGAGCCCUCGGCGAAUUCAACCGGUGAUGAUGCUGAGCAGCAGCAACAUGAUGUUGUUGUGGUGGUUCCUGAGGCAUUGAAUCACGGAUCCAAGGACUCCAAGCACGAGAUUGCUGAUGGUGAAGUUAGAGGCAUACUAGAAGUUAUUGCAUCCACUGGGAGAUUUUGGCAUGAUUGGGACAAAUUAAAGAGCAUGCUAUCCUUUCAGCUGAAGCAGGUUCUGUCAGAGUAUCCUGAUGCAGAAAAGACUAGUGAGCAGCAAAUUACUACUUUAGGAGAAACCUACCUAGAACUGGUGAAGAGGUUGGAUGAAGCUCUUCAUGGUUUUACUGAAGGUCCUCCAUUUACCCUUCAGAGGCUUUGUGAGAUCCUAUUGGAUGCAAGCAGCAUCUACCCGAACCUCUCAAAGCUUGCUCUAGCUCUAGAAAAGAACCUAUUGGUGACAUCUAUGCUGACAAUCUCAACGGAUCCGUAUCCGCAAUCAGUGUUGCAAAAGCCAGAUGAACCAGAAAAAGCAUGUGAAGAACCUAAACUUCACUCUGACUCAGUGCAAAAUGGGGUGGAACCUAUGGUAGGUGACAGGGAUGAAGUAAUGGUAGAGGUUGAGCAGGCCGAUAUCGACGAUGACAUGGCCAUUGCCAUGGAAGCUUUUGAAGAUAUAGUUGGGUCAUCAGAAACAAAUUCAGUGCAGACCAAUAACUCUUAGUCUUCAAGUGGAGUCAUGAUAUCGCCUGUUCUACAAAGCUCACUGGUUGAUAUGUUUUCUGUUGAACAGAGACCCUAUUAAGGUCCGAAAGUCUACGUGAGAAAUCUGGUAUUCGGCUUGGUAAGCCAUCAAGUUAGCAGCAUAGGGAAACAUGGAUCUGGCGGCAUGGAUUCACAUUCUUAUCAUAUAUGUAUGCUUGAUUGAUGUAAUAAUACAAUAUCAGCAGUUAUAUUGAUAACCAUCAAUUGGCAGAGGAAGUAUGAAUGCUUGGAGACGAUAAAGCAUAUUUUGCAAUA